UAUAAAAAGAAAAAAGAAAAGGGGCAAAAUACUGGCUCUUCUUGAAUUUGACAAAGUCGCGGUGGUUGUGGUGGUGGUCGUCGUCGGAGCUGUGUGUGUUAGCGAUUUGAGAUGGUGAAGGAGACGGGAUACUACGACGUGCUCGGAGUGAGUCCGGUGGCCACCGAGUCGGAGAUUAAGAAAGCUUAUUACAUCAAGGCGCGCCAAGUUCAUCCAGAUAAGAACCCAAACGAUCCUCUCGCUGCUCAGAAUUUUCAGGUUCUUGGGGAGGCUUAUCAAGUACUCAGUGAUCCUAGCCAGCGACAAGCCUAUGAUGCCUAUGGAAAAUCAGGAAUCUCAACCGAGGCAAUCAUCGAUCCUGCUGCAAUCUUUGCUAUGCUUUUUGGAAGCGAGCUAUUUGAGGAGUACAUAGGCCAGCUUGCCAUGGCGUCCAUGGCUUCAAUGGACAUGUUCACGGAAGGGGAACAAUUUGAUUCUAAGAAGUUACAAGAUAAAAUGAGGGUUGUUCAAAGGGAACGAGAAGAAAAGCUUGCAGAAACUCUCAAGGACCGACUCAACCAAUACGUGCAAGGAAACAUCCAAGAAUUUUUGAGUCAUGCUCGAGAUGAAGCGGAAAAGCUUUCCAAAGCAGCUUAUGGUGUUGAUAUGUUGAACACAAUUGGCUAUAUAUAUGUAAGACAAGCCGCUAAAGAACUAGGGAAGAAGGCAAUCUAUUUGGGUGUGCCAUUUAUUGCCGAGUGGUUUAGAAACAAAGGGCAUUUCAUCAAAUCCCAAGUAACAGCUGCAACAGGUGCAAUUGCUUUGAUUCAGUUACAAGAAGACAUGAAAAAACAACUCAGUGCGGAGGGAAACUACACAGAGGAAGAGCUUGAAGAAUACAUGCGAAAUAACAAAAAGUUGAUGACCGAUUCUCUUUGGAAGCUCAAUGUGGCAGAUAUCGAGGCUACUCUCUCCCGUGUUUGUCAAAUGGUUCUUCAAGAUAACAAUGCCAAGAAAGAGGAGCUCCGUGCACGAGCAAAGGGGUUGAAGACUCUUGGUAAAAUAUUUCAGGCGGUUAAACCAAACAAUGGGAAUGAGAGAGAAACAGAGGUACAUCAACUGAAUGGAAGUGAAUCGAGCUCAUGUUCCCCUACCUCUAAUGGUGUUACCACCCCAACAUCUUCAAAUGUUGAAGCACAGUCUUAUCCGGCAUUCGCAUCACAGCCCUCUCAGAGCCCGUACGUGGAAGCCCCCCAGUUUACAUAUAACUUCCCGACACCAACAGCACCUCCGGGUGCUCUGAGACAUGCCUCCUCGACAGGCAGAGAUUAGAGGAGAAAGUCGUUGAUUCAUUUGUGUGUUGUGUAGUAUAUGAAGAUGGAGGCGUUAUCUUUCUUGUAUGUAAUCAAAGUUGUGGUUGUGAUGUGUUGUCUUGUGCCGUUACGUUUUAUUUGGAGAUGGAAUGGAUUAUACAUAUUUUUACAUGUAGACAAAGAAAGAUGAAAGGUUGGUAGAUGCUCUGCUAUGUUAGACAUAUAAUAGACCUUAUAUUCUUAUUCCAAAGUCACCAGUGGGCUGCAUUGUUAGGUAACAUGCUCCUGCUGGAGUGACUGACGCAUUUUGUGUUUUUGUUUGCCCUUUUUCAUUGGUACGUGUAACGUGUGUAUAUUCAUUCGAUCGAUCAAUAGUCACUUCAUUCAUUCA